AGCAGAGUUUACUUCUACGCUAAGACUCCCCCAAAACAUCUGUCUCCUCUUCCCCACCGAAUUCCCAAUUCCGGCAAAGGCUCUUUACCUUCUUGAUCCAACUCCCCAAAACCCUAAUUUCCCAUGAAACGAUCCCACAUUCACCUCCCUCGCUGCCUCACCCGAAAAUGGCUAAUCCCCGUGCUAUUCACCUCCACAAUCUCCCUCAUCUCCCUCCUCAUCACAACCCUUCCCCACCACAAUCCAAACCCUAACCCCAACCCGUCCAUUCCAAUUUCCGACUCGAAUUCCAACCUCAGAACGGGCCCGCCGGAGCUGCCCCGGUUCGCGUACUACCUCUCCGGAGGCGCGGGCGACGGGCCGCGCCUGAAGCGGCUGCUGCAGGCGGCGUACCACCCGAGGAACUUCUACCUGCUGCACCUCGACCUUGAAGCCUCGGACGCCGAGCGGCUCGAGCUGGCCAGGUACGCGAGGGCGGAGGAGGGGGUGCUGAGGAAGUUCAGGAACGUGAUGGUGGUGGGCAAGGCCAACCUGGUUACGUACAAGGGGCCCACGGCGAUCGCGUGCACGUUGCACGCGGUCGCGAUACUGUUGCGGAAGGGGAGGUGGGAUUGGUUUGUUAAUCUCAGUGCGUCGGAUUAUCCUCUCGUGCCGCAGGACGAUCUCCUCCACAUAUUCUCGUACUUGCCUAGGGAUCUAAACUUCCUUGAGCACACAAGCAAUAUUGGCUGGAAAGAGUUUCAAAGAGGAAGGCCUAUCAUUGUAGAUCCAGGCUUGUAUCAUUCAAAGAAAUCCGUUGUAUUUGGGGCCAAAGAGAAAAGAUCUUUGCCUGCUUCGUUUAAGUUAUUCAUGGGAUCUGAAUGGGUAGUACUGAGCAGAUCAUUUCUCGAAUUCUCCAUAUGGGGUUGGGAUAAUCUCCCGCGCACUCUCCUUAUGUAUUACACGAAUUUCAUGUCACCGCAAGAGGGCUACUUCCACACCGUGAUAUGCAACCACAAAGACUACCAGAACACCACGGUAAACCAUGACUUGCACUAUAUAAGGUGGGAUGAUCCUCCGAAGCAGCAACCGAUGAAUCUGACGUUAGGUCAUUUUGACGAAAUGAUCCAGAGUGGUGCCCCUUUUGCUCGUAACUUUGUAAAAGAUGAUCCGGUUUUGGACAAAAUUGACGAGGAAAUUUUGGGGAGGUCGGAUGGACAAUUUACGCUGGGGGGUUGGUGCGUGGGUAAUUCUGCUAGAGACAACGAUCCUUGUGUGGUUCAUGGGAGUCCAAAUGCAGUUAGACCUUCUGUAAGUUCGAGAAGGCUGGAGAAACUUAUUUUGAAGCUUCUUGAUUCCGAAAAUUUCAGGACGAAACAGUGUAACUAAAUCUGGCUAUUCUUCAUUUUGCCUCUGUUUUCUCUCUCUUGGUUGGUGCCAUACUGGCAUUAGGAAUUGUGUCGAAUGGAGAGUUUCUGAAAGCAGAGGUGAAGCCCAAACGCACCCUCGAUCACUGAUGGAGGAACUGAUGGAGGAAGAGUUUGAGACGGACGGUCUUGCAGCCUGUAAUUUAGACAUCUAUUUGAGACCACUCUCAUAAGGUGCAGCGUAUCUGCAGUCCCGUAACAUGCAAUUUGCCCUUCGCCCUUCCUUGUUAGCACGAAUCCAUAUCUGAUAUGAGGGCUCAUUUUGAUCGGUACACUCUUGUUUUCAUUGAAAAAACGUGUGCCGAUCAAGAGAUUAAGGAAACGUCCAACUUGGUCUAAAUGUAAAAUGCAAUUAAUUUUUCUUUUGAUUGGCGAAAGUGAUCGGAGUAAUGGAGUAUAAUUUUUUAAAACAAGAGAAUUUGUUAGCCUUC